UGCUGCAAGGUCGCACUCGAGAAAAAAAAACUAAAACAGAAAUACCCGCCACAAACUAAAAAUUGUUGUCUAUUGUUCGCCAGUUUUCUUUGUUGCAAGUUCAAAACCUGACUUUCUCCGGUGCUUAGGAUAAUUAGUGCAAGUUUUUCGCGAUACUUCGUCCCGAUAUUGAAAACCAGUUUCGUUGUCUUUGUGACUCAUCAGAAUUCCACAGGCUCAAGGAAAAUUGAUGGAAAACACAAUGGCCGACACAAACACAAACAAUAGCAGCAGCAACGAGUCCACCGAUCAGGUAGGAAUUCGCGUGGAAAACAACCCGGACGAUCACACAGACGCCUUCGGGUCGGUGGGCGGCAGCAGUGGCCCCACUGCAGCGUCCAGCUCCUCGCACCACAACAAUGCAUACGGCAGCGGAGCCAUUGGACAGCUGGCCAAUGGCUAUAAAUCGCCCUCAGCGAGCUAUGGCAAAAAUGUUGCCAAAAUGGUCACGGAUCGGCAUGCCGCAGAGUACAAUAUGCGACACAAGAAUCGCGGCAUGGCCCUGAUCUUCAACCAUGAGCACUUCGAGGUGCCCACUUUGAAGUCGCGCGCUGGCACCAAUGUGGACUGUGAGAAUCUGACCCGAGUGCUGAAGCAGCUCGACUUCGAGGUGACCGUCUACAAGGACUGUCGCUACAAGGACAUUGUGCGCACAAUUGAAUUGGCCGCCUCGCAGAAUCACAGCGACAGCGAUUGCAUUUUGGUGGCGAUUCUGUCCCACGGAGAGAUGGGCUACAUCUAUGCCAAGGACACCCAAUACAAGCUGGAGAACAUCUGGAGCUUCUUCACGGCCAAUCACUGCCCCUCGCUGGCCGGCAAGCCGAAGCUGUUCUUCAUCCAGGCCUGCCAGGGCGACCGCUUGGACACGGGCGUGACGAUGCAGCGCGGACACACCGAAACGGAUGGCGACUCCUCGAUGAGCUACAAGAUACCCGUCCAUGCCGACUUCCUCAUUGCCUACUCCACCGUUCCGGGCUUCUACUCGUGGCGCAACACCACGCGGGGCAGCUGGUUCAUGCAGAGCCUGUGCGCCGAGCUGGCUGCCAAUGGCAAGCGCCUGGACAUCCUAACGCUGCUGACCUUCGUCUCGCAGCGUGUGGCCGUCGACUUUGAGUCAUGCACCCCCGAUACACCCGAAAUGCACCAGCAAAAGCAAAUACCCUGCGUUACCACCAUGCUAACGCGCAUUUUGCGAUUCAGCGAUAAGCAAAUGGUGCCUGCCGGACGGGUUUGAUGGCUACUAGUGUGGUUCAUGGGUUGGCUAAGGCUAAGGCAAAGACGGGGUGUGUGAUACGCGGAGGGGUAGGCUACAGUAACUCUGAAACUGUACUACAAACAACAAUUUUCUACUUCAAUUUGUUUAUCCUAUAACUAGGGCCAUAUGUGUACCUAUCUUUUAAAUUGCAUUUAUUACCAUCGGCUUAACAACUCUCUUGCCCUUCAUAGAUCAAAUAGGAGCGAAAAGC